GGCAGCGAGCGACAGCCGCCCGGUCCCGUGCCCUGCCGUUCUCUUCCUCCGCUUGGCUCGACCAAAGGCUGUUUACAAACUCUUUGUUUGGGCGUGGAUUUUAGGAGAUCAUCAACUCCAGCAUUCUUGUCUUACUUGCCCUUAAAACCUACUCAUCCAACUAUGCAGAAGGACCCAACACAUUCCUCCUGUGUCCAGAAAUGGAGGAGGAAGAGGAGGAGGAAGAGGGAGGGGGCACGUCUCCCCUUGCUGAGGACCAGGAGGGCAGUCAAUCGCCACCCCCUCUUCCCUCAGUAUAAUUACCAGGUCCAAGUAGCUGAAAACCAGCCUCCAGGGACCCCUGUGAUAACAAUGGCAGCUCAAGACCCUGAUUCAGGUGAAGCCGGGCGCCUGUUCUAUUCCAUGGAUGCCCUGAUGAACAGCAGAUCUUUGGAGUUGUUUAACAUAGAUUCCCAAAACGGCCUCAUCAGCACCACAGAAGUUUUGGACAGGGAGAACAUGGAGCUGCACUACUUCCGCGUGACUGCUGCAGAUCACGGGGCUCCCCGGCUUUCUGCCACCACCAUGGUGGCUAUAACAGUGGCAGACAGAAAUGACCACAGCCCGGUCUUUGAGCAGAGCGAGUACAGAGAGACCAUCCGAGAAAACGUCGAAGAAGGCUACCCAAUCCUACAGCUGAGGGCCACUGAUGUGGACUCUCCCCCCAAUGCCAACAUCCGAUAUCGUUUUGUAAAUGAACAAGCAGCCCACUCUGUCUUCGAGAUUGAUCCCCGGUCAGGGUUGAUCACCACCAGUGGGCAAGUGGACAGGGAGAAAAUGGAGAAAUAUUCCUUGGUGGUGGAGGCCAAUGAUCAAGGCAAGGAACCUGGUCCUCGAUUGGCCACCGUGAGGGUCUAUAUAACCGUCCUUGAUGAGAAUGACAACGUCCCACAGUUCAGUGAGAAGCGGUAUAUAGUCCAGGUAAGAGAAGAUAUGAGGCCCCAUUCGGAAAUUUUGAAAGUGACUGCCACUGACUUGGACAAAGACAACAAUGCUUUAGUUCAUUAUAACAUCAUCAGUGGGAACAGCAGGGGCCAAUUUUCCAUUGACAGUGUGACCGGUGAUAUACAAGUGGUGGCUCCUUUGGAUUUUGAAGUGGAAAGAGAGUAUGCAUUGAGGAUCCGAGCCCAGGAUGCAGGGCGGCCUCCUCUGUCCAACAACACAGGGAUGGUGAGCAUCCAAGUGGUGGACAUCAAUGAUCACGCUCCCAUCUUUGUCAGCACCCCCUUCCAGAUCUCUGUGUUAGAAAAUGCCCCUUUUGGGCACUCAGUGAUCCACAUCCAGGCCGUCGAUGCAGAUUACGGAGAGAACUCUCGCCUGGAGUACAAACUGAGUGGGCUCUCGUCCGACACCCCCUUUGUGGUGAACAGCGCCACAGGCUGGAUUACUGUGAGUGGCCCCUUGGAUCGAGAAAACGUGGAGCACUAUUUCUUUGGGGUGGAGGCCCGAGACCACGGCUCUCCAUCUCUGUCGGCUUCUGCUAGUGUCACCAUCACUGUGAUGGAUGUCAAUGACAAUCGGCCCGAAUUCACCCAGAAAGAAUAUUUCAUUCGUCUCAAUGAAGAUGCAGGCGUGGGCACUAGCGUUCUCAGUGUCACUGCAAUCGACAGGGAUGUAAAUAGUGCCAUCAGCUACCAAAUAACAGGGGGGAACACCCGGAACCGUUUUGCCAUCAGCACUCAGGGGGGAGUGGGACUGAUCACCCUCUCUUUGCCACUGGAUUACAAACAAGAGAGACGCUUUGUGCUAACAGUGACAGCCUCUGACCGGACUUUGCAUGAUAAUUGCCAUGUUCAUAUCAACAUCACUGAUGCCAACACCCAUAGGCCAGUGUUCCAGAGUGCCCAUUACCCUGUCAGUGUUAAUGAGGACCGUCCUGUAGGCAGCACCGUGGUAGUCAUCAGUGCCACUGAUGAUGACGUUGGGGAAAAUGCCAGGAUCACCUACUACUUGGAGGACAAUAUCCCUCAAUUUCGGAUUAAUGCAGACACUGGGGCCAUCACCUUGCAGGCAGAGCUGGAUUACGAGGACCAGGUUACCUACACGCUGGCAAUUACAGCUAAAGAUAAUGGGAUCCCUCAGAAAGCAGACACAACCUAUGUGGAAAUCAUGGUCAAUGAUGUCAAUGACAACGCCCCUCAAUUUGUCAGUGCCCACUACCAAGGCAUCAUCUCUGAGGACAGCCCUCCUUACACCAGUGUGCUCCAAAUCUCCGCCACUGACCGGGAUGCCCAUGCCAACGGACGGGUGCAGUACACCUUCCAGAAUGGAGAGGAUGGCGAUGGGGACUUUACUAUAGAACCCACAUCUGGGAUCAUUCGCACAGUCCGCAGGCUGGACCGCGAGAGCAUCCCUGUCUAUGAGCUCACUGCAUAUGCUGUGGACCGAGGGAUUCCUCCCCAAAGAACCCCUGUCCACAUUCAAGUCACUGUGCAGGACGUUAAUGACAAUGCCCCUGUCUUCCCAGCGGAGGAGUUUGAGGUCUUAGUGAAGGAGAAUAGCAUUGUGGGCUCUGUGGUGGCCCAGAUCACAGCUGUUGACCCAGAUGAGGGGCCCAAUGCCCAGAUCAUGUAUCAGAUUGUGGAAGGCAACAUCCCUGAAAUUUUCCAGAUGGACAUAUUUUCAGGUGAGCUCACAGCCCUGAUUGACCUGGACUACGAGACCAAGCCAGAGUAUGUCAUAGUGGUGCAGGCCACCUCCGCCCCUCUUGUUAGCAGGGCCACAGUCCAUAUCAAGCUCAUUGAUCAAAACGAUAACAGCCCCAUUCUUAAAAAUUUCCAGAUCCUCUUUAACAACUACGUCUCCAACAAAUCCAACACCUUCCCAUCUGGGGUCAUAGGGAAGAUACCCGCCUAUGACCCAGAUGUGUCCGACCGACUCUUCUACACCUUUGAACGAGGAAACGAGCUGCACUUGUUGAUUGUCAAUCAGACUAGCGGGGAGCUCCGCCUGAGUCGUAAGCUGGACAACAAUCGUCCCUUGGUGGCCUCAAUGCUGGUGACCGUCACAGAUGGGAUCCACAGCGUGACCGCCCAGUGUGUCCUGCGUGUCAUUGUCAUCACUGAGGACAUGUUAGCGAACAGCAUCACUGUGCGUCUGGAGAACAUGUGGCAGGAGCGCUUCCUCUCGCCUCUUCUCGCCAACUUCCUCGAGGGCGUGGCCGCCGUGCUGGCCACGCCCAAGGAGGACGUCUUCAUCUUCAACAUCCAGAACGAUACAGAUGUCGGUGGCCAGGUGCUGAAUGUCAGUUUCUCGGCCAUGGCGCCCCGUAGCGGCCACUUCUUCAGUUCGGAGGAGCUUCAGGAGCAGCUGUACAUGAAGCGCAUGACCUUGACCUCGGUCUCCAUGCUAGAGGUGCUGCCCUUCGACGACAACGUCUGCCUUCGCGAGCCCUGCCAGAACUACAUGAAGUGCAUCUCGGUGCUCAAGUUCGACAGCUCAGCUCCCUUCAUCUCCUCCCUCUCCACCCUCUUCCGACCCAUCCAUCCCAUCACGGGCUUGCGCUGCCGCUGCCCCCAGGGCUUCACCGGCGACUACUGCGAAAUGGAGAUCAACCUCUGUUACUCCAACCCCUGCCGCAAUGGCGGAGGCUGUACCCGCAAGGAGGGGGGAUACACCUGCAUCUGCCGCCAGCACUUCACAGGUGAUAACUGUGAGGUGGAUAGCCGGGCAGGACACUGUGUCCCUGGCGUGUGUAGGAACGGAGGCACUUGCACCAACUCUGCAGAUGGCGGCUUCCAGUGUCAGUGCCCGCCCGGGGGCUUUGAAAAGCCAUACUGUGAAGUCUCCACACGCUUCUUCCCUCCCAAAUCGUUCAUCAUGUUCCGAGGUCUGCGCCAGAGGUUCCACCUCACCCUCUCCCUCUCGUUUGCCACCUUAGAACGCAGCGGUCUCCUAAUCUACAAUGGGCGUCUCAACGAGAAGCAUGAUUUCCUGGCUGUAGAGAUCGUAGAUGGGCAGGUCCAGCUGAAGUACUCCACAGGUGAGUCGAGCACAGUCGUCAGUCCAUAUGUGUCAGGAGGUGUGAGCGAUGGGGAAUGGCAUACGGUGCAGCUUUACUAUUACAACAAGCCCAGGAUCAGCUCCCUGGGUUCAGUGCAGGGCCCCUCCAAAGACAAAGUGGCCAUCCUCACCGUGGACAAGUGCGAUGCAUCGGUGGCGCUGCAGUUUGGCAGCGAGAUUGGGAACUACUCCUGUGCAGCAGAGGGGGUGCAGUCCAGUUCCAAAAAAUCGCUGGACCUCACUGGGCCUUUGCUCCUUGGAGGGGUCCCCAAUCUGCCUGAGAAUUUUCCAGUGGAGCACAGGGAGUUUGUGGGGUGCAUGAGAGAUCUGUACAUUGACAGUAAACGCAUUGACCUGGCUUCCUACAUUGCAAACAAUGGGACCUCCACAGGUUGCCCUGCAAAGCACUCCUUCUGCGAUUCAAACCCUUGCAAGAACAGCGGCACCUGCACCAUCGGCUGGUCUUCCUUCACCUGUGAGUGCCCAGUGGGCUUUGGAGGCAAGGACUGCAUGCACACCAUGCAUCAUCCUCACCAUUUCCGUGGCAACAGCAUCCUUUUCUGGGAUUUCAAGAAUGAGGUGAAGAUCUCCACUCCCUGGUUUAUGGGCCUGGCAUUCCGGACGCGCCAAGAAAACGGAGUGUUACUUCAGGCACAUGCUGGCCAGUACACCACGAUUCUCUGCCAGCUGGACUCCGGCCUGCUCUCCUUUGUGGUGAACCGGGGAUCUGGACGCACCACCAAGCUCCUCCUGGAUCAAAUGCAGCUGAAUGAUGGGGCAUGGCAUGACCUCCGGCUUCAGCUACGGGACGCCCGCAGUGGCCGAGAGACUCGCUUCAUCAUCACCCUCACUCUGGAUUUUGGAUCCUACCAGGACACUGUAGUUGUUGGCAAUGAGAUACAUGGCCUGAAGGUGAAGCAUCUUCACGUCGGGGGCAUCCUAGAGUCCGGUAAAGUCCGUCAUGGUUUGGAGGGCUGCAUCCAGGGCAUCCACCUGGGUGACACAGACACUGGGACUGCAUUGCCCAAACCCAGCAGCACUUUGCACGUGGAGGCAGGAUGUCCUGUGCCCAACCCUUGCGACUCCAACCCUUGUCCUGCCAACAGUGUCUGUCAGGACAAGUGGCAAAGCUACACUUGUGUAUGCCAGCCAGGGUACUAUGGUGGGAGCUGUGUUGAUGCCUGUCAUCUGAACCCCUGCAAGAACAAAUCAGUGUGUCGGCGAAAGCCAGGUGCUCCCCAUGGCUACGUCUGUGAGUGUGGAGAAAAUCACUUUGGGCAGUAUUGUGAGCACAGGAUGGAUCAACAGUGUCCUAAGGGCUGGUGGGGGAAUCCAACAUGUGGGCCCUGCAACUGCGAUGCGGCCAAGGGAUUUGACCCAGACUGUAAUAAAACCAACGGGCAAUGCCAUUGUAAGGAAUUCCAUUACCACCCGAAAGGGAGUGAUGCCUGCCUUCCCUGCGACUGCUACCCCAUUGGCUCCUCCUCACGUUCCUGCUACCAGGAAACAGGCCAGUGCCAGUGCCGGCCAGGCGUGAUUGGCCGACAGUGCAACAGUUGUGACAGCCCUUUUGCAGAGGUGACUCCCAGUGGUUGCCAGGUGCUCUAUGACGCAUGUCCUAAAUCGCUAAGAGCUGGAGUAUGGUGGCCUCAGACCAAGUUUGGCUUGCCAGCUGUGGUGCCUUGUCCCAAAGGUUCACUGGGUUUACGGGGUGCAGGUGUGGCUGUUCGGCACUGUGAUGAAGAAAGAGGCUGGCUGGAACCAGAUCUCUUCAAUUGCACCUCACCAUCUUUCAAGGAGCUCUCAGCAUUGCUGGAAGGUCUGGAAAAGAAUGAGACAGAACUGAACACCAUAGAAGCCAAGAAGUUGGCCCAUCAGCUACGGGCAGUGACAGAUCAGAUGGAGCGCUACUUUGGCAAUGAUGUCCACAUCACGUAUCGGCUGCUAUCCCACCUGAUGGCGUUUGAGAGCAGACAGCACGGCUUCGGCCUGACAGCCACCCAGGAUGCCCACUUCAAUGAGAAUCUCUUGCGGGCUGGCAGUUCAGUGCUCGCAUUAGAGAACCAGGAGCACUGGGACACGUUGCUGCAGAAUGACCACAGCAGCGCAGGCCUGAUGGAGCAGCUGAGAAAAUACACAGGCACCCUGGCCAGCAACAUGAAACUCACCUACCUCAACCCUGUUGGUGUGGUGACCCCCAAUAUUGUGCUCAGCAUUGACCGCAUGGAGAACCACACCCACCUCAGGAGGCGCUAUCCUCGCUAUCACAGUACCCUCUUCCGUGGCCAGGCCAUGUGGGACCCACAUACCCACAUAGUGCUCCCCCUCUCCAUUCUUGCACCCCAUAAAGUCGAAGCUCCAACCACAGCAACACUUACCCCGGUCAACAGUGAAACCAAUGACACUGUGGAAAGCUCCCCUCCAAAGCACUCCCUGCCGGAACCAGAGCCCGCUGUCACUAUCCUCAUCCUCAUCAUCUACCGCACCAUUGGAGGGCUUCUGCCUGCCCGCUACCAGGUGGAUCGGCGCAACCUCAGGCUGCCCAAAAACCCCGUUAUGAAUUCUCCCAUCAUGAGCGUAUCUGUGUUCAGCAACCACACUUUUCUCCAGAGCACUUUGGAGACGCCGCUGGUGCUGGAAUUCCGCCUGCUCGAGACCGCCAACCGCAGCAAGCCCCUUUGUGUCCAGUGGAAUCACUCCAGCCAGAUUGAGCCUGCUGGCUUCUGGACAGCACGGGAUUGUGACCUUGUGUACCGAAACGCUACACAUGUCCGCUGCCACUGCUCCCAGUUUGGCACUUUUGGAGUCCUGAUGGACAGCUCCCACCGAGAGCAGCUGGAAGGUGACCUGGAGACCUUGGCCAUUGUGACCUAUUCCUUAGUGUCCCUCUCCCUUCUGUGUUUGCUGCUGACCUUCUCCUUCCUGAUAUGCCUAAAAGGUCUCAAGUCCAACACCCGGGGCAUCCACUGCAAUGUCUCCGUCACCCUCUUCUUCUCCGAGCUGCUCUUCCUCUUGGGUAUCAACCGCACUGAAAACCAGUUCCUCUGCACGGUGAUCGCCAUCUUGCUGCACUACUUCUUCCUCUCUACGUUUGCUUGGCUCUUUGUGCAAGGCCUCCACAUCUACCGUAUGCAGACAGAAGCCCGCAACGUCAACUAUGGAGCUAUGAGGUUCUACUACGCCAUUGGCUGGGGGGUCCCUGCCAUCAUCACAGGGUUGUCUGUUGGCUUGGAUCCAGAGGGCUAUGGGAACCCAGAUUUCUGUUGGAUUUCCAUCUACGAUAAGCUGAUCUGGAGCUUUGCAGGGCCCAUUGCUGUUGUCAUUGUGAUGAAUGGGGUGAUGUUUCUGCUGGUGGCAAAGAUGCUGUGCUCACCAGGCCAGAAAGAAGCCAAGAAGAAAUCCGUUCUCUUGACACUGCGAAGCUCCUUCGUUCUGCUUCUAGUUAUUAGCACUGCUUGGCUCUUUGGCCUCUUGGCUGUCAACAACAGUGUCCUGGCUUUCCACUACCUCUACACUAUCCUCUGCAGUCUUCAGGGCUUGGCGGUGCUGGUUCUGUUCUGUGUGCUGAACAAAGAGGUACAGGAAGCCUGGAAACUGGCCUGCCUUGGUAAGAAGGGUCAGGGCGAGGAAGCCACCAGAAGUGGUCAGGGCCCCAAUGCCUACAACAACACAGCCCUCUUUGAGGAGAGCGGUCUCAUCCGUAUCACCCUGGGCGCCUCCACCAUCUCCUCUGUCAGCAGCGUGCGCUCAGCCCGCACCCAUUCCAGCCAGCGGGGCUACCUCAGGGAGAACAUGAUGGCACAUCAAGGCUCAGCUCUGGAACACAACUUGCUCAAUCAUGCUGGUCCCACCGACCUUGACGUAGCCAUGUUCCAUCGUGACGCUGGGCCAGAUCAAGACUCUGACUCGGACAGUGACCUCUCCCUCGAUGAAGAGCGCAGCCUCUCCAUUCCCUCAUCAGAGAGCGAGGAGAAUGUGCACCUCCGGGGCAGAUUCCAGCGCCAGUUCAAAAGGGCAGCGCACAGUGAGAGACUCCUCACCAAUCCUUCCAACACCACACCCAAAGAUGUAGAUGGCAAUGACCUGAUGUCCUAUUGGCCAGCACUGGGUGAAUGCGAAGUUCACCCCUGCUCCCUCCAGAAAUGGGGCUCAGAGCGGAAACUUGGAUUUGAUGUUAAUAAGGAUGCGGCCAACAAUAACCAGCCAGACUUGGCCUUGACCAGUGGGGACGAGAACUCCCUCACCCAGACCCAGCGACAGAGGAAAGGCAUCCUGAAGAAUCGCCUCCAGUACCCUCCCGCCCUGCAAGGCCUGGCGUCCGUGGGCAGAAUGACCAAUGACCUUUCCUGGUACAAAACCUCCACCCUGGGUCACAGGGCCGUUCCUGCGGCUUCUUAUGGCAGGAUCUAUUCCGGGGCAGGCAGCCUCUCCCAGCCAGCCAGCCGUUACUCUUCUCGGGAGCAGCUUGACAUGCUGAUGAGAAGACAGAUGUCCAGGGAGCAGCUGAGUCGGAACAACUCUGGCGACUGCCUCGAAGCUGUGUCCAGCAGGCACGGGUCUCGGGAGCACCUGGACACCAUCCUGAACAGGCCAGGCUCGAGGGAGCACCUGGACACCAUCCUCAGUCGCCAUGGGUCUAGAGAGCACCUUGCAAGCAUACCCAGCAGGCAUGGGUCUAGAGAGGACUUAGGGGAAACAGCUACUGGAUAUGAUCAAAGAGAUCAUGGGAACACUCUGCCCAGGAGACAGGGCUCUAGAGACCAUCUAGAUAUUUUCCCCUGCAGAUUUGGGUCACGGGAACCACUAGACUGCGGUGGGCCAGUAAGGGAGUUCUCUCGGGAAUGGCUCAAUACUAUGCCCGCUAGGCCAGCCUCUCGAGAUCGAAUGGACCCGUUGCCAAGUCGAGACACUUCUCGAGAGCAGCUGGAUCUCCUUUCUAGACGGCAGCCUUCGAGGGACCCCCUCCCAUCAGCUCGACAAACAUCCAGAGAGCAGCUGGACUUUUUAGCCAGAAGAUCUACUUCCAGAGAGCCUCUGGACCUAGUGCCUAGCAGGCAGGCUCCUCGGGAAAAUCUGGAGCCUCUUUCUAGACAACAGCCUUCUAGAGAAAACCUUGAACUCCUCUCCAGAAGGCUCCCUUCUAGAGAAAAUCUAGAAGCGAUCCCCAGCCGUCACCCCUCCACAGAGCAAUUAGACAUCCUUUCUUCCAUCCUAGCCUCCUUUAACUCCUCUGUCUUGUCCUCUGUGCAAUCAUCCAGUACUCCCUCAGGCCCACAGACCACACCCACGCCUUCUGUGGCGCAGACGUCCUCCACGCCCUCCGUGCCAUGCCCAUCGCCACCUCGCUCCGCUACGUCCCACAGUAUUUCCGAGCUGUCGCCAGACUCAGAAGUAACAAGAAGCGAGGGGCAUUCCUGAAGGGACCAGCUGCUGCGAGGACCAAGGAAGAAGCUGGGAUGAUUGCUGGGCCGGACACUUCCAGAAGAGGAUUGCCUACAAGAAAAGAACUGAGGCUGAUUGGAGGCCUGAAGCUACCCUCCCCCUGCCCCCCAUCCUCCGCGUGGAGAACCCGUGGGGUGAGAGUCAGGCAAAGCACACAGACCUGGCUGUGGAAGGAAGGUGCCUGGGGUACCUCUGGGCCGCACUGACCGCUCUCCCUGCUCAGAGGGGCACCCCGAAUGGUGGAGGGAGGGGGGAGCAGCCACACCACGAGCAAACCCCACACGUUACAAAAACACAGACCAAUUGAAAUCUUCCUUUCCAAAACAUGUCUGUGCUCUGCGCAAACGUGAACGAGUGGGGUGGCUGCAGCGGGAGGGGCAGGGCAGGGUUUUUAUACCUUUUUGUAUCUUUGUAAUCAGAGAGAAGAGAAAUUUCUAUGGUUAUUUUUACGGUUCUUCUGUUCCCGUUGCUGUGAUCUUGUUGGUCUUGGCAGUGAAUAUGUCUGAACUGUGGCACGACGCUAUGCAGGCUUCUCCCCGACAGGGUUCGGGGCAGGAAAAUGGGGCGGCAGGUCCUUUGCAGGCCCUCUUUCAGGCUGCCCUUUGGGCAGGUCCUGUUGUGUGCCUGUCUUACAUCCAUGCAACCAUCUUGCUGGGGAAGGGGCAGAACCCGCCACUCACUCAAGCCGCCACUGACCGGGGAGGGGGUAUGGGCUACUUUGAC